ACUGUCCAAAUUUUGAUUAAUUUAUACCAAAAGUUAACCGAAAUAAAAAAUCUAGAUUAAAUUCUGUAUAGCUUUCAAAAAUCAAAUUAAACCGAAUAGUGAAUCAAAUUUGCUUUCGGUUCUAUACGGCAUAUACUUACCGAAAACCGAACUACCCACCCAACCAACCAACGAACCGAACCGCAUCUUGCCUUUAAACCGCCAAAAAUCAGUUAUUGCAUCAUCGUCGCCGGUGAAAUGCCACUUACCUCAACCGCGCUCCUCCUUAUGCUCCGGGAAUGUAAAAGCCUCCGAUGUCUCCUCCAAGUCCACGGAAAAUUAACAGUCUCAGGCCUCAAACCCCAUAACCAGCUAAUAAACGCUUACUCUCUCUUCCAAAGACCAAACCUUUCUCGCACCGUAUUCGAUUCAGUUCAAUACCCAGGUGUCGUUCUGUGUAACUCGAUGAUCAGAGGGUACACGAGAGCCGGUUUGCACAGAGAAGCCCUCGAGUUGUUCCGCUACAUGUCAGAGGAGAAAGGUAUUGUUCCCGACAAGUACAGUUUGUCCUUCGCUUUGAAAGCUUGCACCGGAGCUUCGGACUUGGAGAGAGGUUUAGGGAUACAUGAGUUGGUUUCCGAGAUGGGUUUUGAGUCUGAUGUUUAUAUAGGGACUGCUCUUGUUGAGAUGUACUGUAAAGGUGGAGACUUGGUUAGUGCAAGAGAGAUGUUCGAUGAAAUGCCUGAGAGGGAUACUGUUAGUUGGAACAUUAUGGUUUCUGGGUUGGUUCAGAAUGGGUGUUUUGGUGAAGCUUGGCGGUUGUUUCGUGAUAUGUGUUUGAGUGGUGUUGAGAUUAAUCAUGUGAGUUUGUACAAUCUGAUCCCUGCGGUUUCGAAGAUAGGGAGUAAGGAUGUGUGUAGAUGUCUUCACGGAUUUGUGGUUAGGAAAGGUUUUGCAUCUUGUUUCUCUAGUGGCUUGAUCGACAUGUACUGCAAAUGCGCGGAUUUAGAUGCUGCUGAGUGUGUUUUUGAAGACGUGUGGAGCAAGGAUGGCUCUUCUUGGGGUACAAUGAUGGCAGGUUACGCGCAUAAUGGGUGCUUCACUAAGGUAUUGAAUUUGUUUGAGGUCAUGAGGAGCUAUGAUGUUAGAGUGAGUAAGGUAGCUGUAGUUAGUGCUCUUCAAGCUGCUGCGUAUAUAGGGGACUUAGAGAAGGGGAUUGCAAUUCAUGAAUACGUAGUACAGCAAAGGAUGAUGGAUGAGGUCUCCGUUGCAACUUCUCUUGUGAGUAUGUACUCCAAAUGUGGUGAGUUGGAGAUAGCGGAACAGCUGUUCACAAAUAUUAAAGAUAGAGAUGUCGUUACUUUGUCUGCAAUGAUUGCUUCGUUUGAGCUAGCAGGUCAUCACGAUGAUGCUCUCACUUUGUUCAGGGAUAUGCUGAAAACAGACGUAAAACCUAAUGGUGUGGCUUUGACAAGUGUGCUUCCGGCUUGUGCAGGGAUACCCGCCUCUAGAUUAGGCAAAAGCAUACAUUGCUAUGCUGUAAAGGCUGAUAUUGACUCUGAGUUAGCGACAGCCACAGCCAUCAUCUCAAUGUAUGCCAAAAGCGGUCUCUUUUCAUCUGCGCUCAAAGCUUUUGAAAGACUGCCAACUAAAGAUGCUGUAGCUUUCAACGCUCUAGCGCAAGGGUAUACCCAGAUUGGUGAUGCCUGUAAAGCAUUUGAUUUGUACAAUAAGAUGAAGUUACAUGGAGUACGCCCAGACUCAGGAACUAUGGUGGGUUUGCUUCAAACGUGUGCACUCUUUAGCGACUAUGAUCGAGGUUCUUGUGUCUACGGGCAAACUAUAAAGCAUGGGUUCGAUUCAGAAUGUCACGUGGCACAUGCUCUGCUCGACAUGUUCACCAAAUGUCACGCCCUUGCUGCAGCAAAAUCCUUGUUUGACAAGUGUGGAUUCGAGAAAAGUACUGUAUCUUGGAAUAUAAUGAUGAAUGGGUACUUAAUCGACGGCCAAGCUGAAGAAGCUAUUGCCGCUUUUCGUCAGAUGAAGAAUGGGAAUUUUCAGCCAAAUAUAGUCACAUAUGUUAACAUCUUACACGCCGCAGCACAGUUAGCAGCCUUGAGAGUUGGAAUGUGUGUUCACGCCAGGCUCAUCAGGUUAGGAUACUCUUCCCACACGGCCGUAGGAAACAGUCUACUUGAUAUGUAUGCGAAAUGUGGAAUGAUUGAAUCUUCCGAGAGAUGUUUUGUUGAGAUAAGAAACAAAGAUAUGGCUUCGUGGAACACUAUGCUAUCCGCUUACGCAGUCAACGGUUUAGCUAGCUCUGCCGUCUCGCUCUUCUUGUUGAUGCAAGAAAACGAACUUAGACUAGACUCUGUUCCUUUCCUCAGCGUUCUCUCAGCUUGUAGACACGCAGGGUUAGUUGAAGAAGGAAAACGAGUGUUCAAGGACAUGGAAGAGAGACACGAGAUCGAAGCAGAAGUUGAACAUCACGCGUGUAUGGUUGAUCUUUUGGGGAAGGCUGGUUUGUUUGGUGAAGCAGUGGAAAUGGUGAGGAGAAUGAGAGUGAAAGCAAGUGUAGGAGUGUGGGGAGCUCUAUUGAGUUGUUCAAGAAUGCAUUGUAACUUGUGGUUAAGUAAUGCUGCAUUGUGUCAGCUGGUGAAGCUUGAACCACUUAAUCCUUCCCAUUAUGGUCAAGAACUGAGAUUAGGAGGAGAUACUAAUGAUGGAUCAAGAAUCAAGAAGCUUCCUGCUUGUAGCUGGAUCCAAGUUUAAAUGUGCCCACUCGUAUUAUUGAGAUACUUUUCUAGAUCAUGAAGAUUUUAAACUGUGUAUAUAGUCUGUAUACAUAAUUACAAACUGAGAAACAGUUUUUUUUCUCUGGAACUAUAUCGAAUAUCAACUGAAGUUUUAUAUAA